AUGGUGACGAAGAAUGCAGCGACGUCAUUGGCUUACGUGGACGCUGACGGUGUCGCAGUGUGUGUAAAGAGUGAUGGUCGCCGCAUGCGAACGGGUUGA